UAUUAUUAUUAUUAACAUUAUACGCAAAAUGACGAUACAAUUUUAAAGGUUUUGUUCAAUUUGUUGUUCUUCACGAUAAAAGCCUUCAUUUAGUCCGAUUUUUACACUUUAUGUGUCAUGAGUCAAUGCGUGCACUUGUUCUUAUUUAUUCUUAAUAUAGUUAAUACUUUAUACUUAUAAUUGGAGCAUUUUAGUACAGAAAAGCUGCCUUAAUAAGUUACAUUUGCACAACCACAUUUAUUGCCAGUCCCGAAGAUACCGAGCAGACAACAACCACCAAUAAUAUGUGGGUACUGCCAAAAGGUUUUCAGUAGAAAAAUGGAGAAUGAAAAAGAGGCGAAAAAGACAGAACCUCAUUACCCUGACGGUGGAUAUGGAUGGGUCAUUGUUGGGGCUAUCAUUAUUAUUAAUGUAAGUUUGCUCACUUUAGUGCCUUGUUUUGGGUUAAUAUUCAGAGAUGAGUUCAAGGCAUGGGAUGUAUCGUCUGCUCAAACCUCAUUUUUACUACAUUUACACAGCUCCUUAUACUGUAUGUUUGGAUUCUUUACAAGUCCAUUUCUUAAACUUUAUGGGAUGAGACCAGUGGCCUUUAUUGGGGCUUCCCUGAUGUGUCUUGGAAUAUUAUUAAGCAGUUUCGCUGCUUCUUAUGUAUAUCUACUUUUUUCUACUGCAGUUUUGAUUGGUUUAGGCCAAGGCAUUGUUAUGCCCGCUACCUACUUAGCGAUUUACACAUAUUUCAAAAAAAGACUGACGAUAGCCACUAGUCUCACCGUUACCAGUGCCAGUGUGGCUCCGAUCAUUUUAUCCAAAGUUCUGGUGCUUUUUUUGAAAAGUUCUGGGAGGAAGUUCACCAUUUUGGUUUUGUUUGUUAUGUCGCUGUUUUCCUUGAUCGGAUGUGGCCUUUUGAGACCCCUAAGGAGAAAAGAGGGUGGAGAAGUGGAGAAGGAGCUUUUAAAAGAAAAAGAGGGUCUUAGUAAUGGAGCCCCUUUAGAAACUAGUGUUGUCAUUAAUGAGGACGUAUCAAAAAAUGCCCUAAUAAAAGACGAACCCCUCCUGACCCCAGUGUAUAAAGACACCACUGUACCUGCUCAAACGUCCACUGUUUGGUCGAAAAUUUUCAACGUUUUCGACCUGCAUUUACUGAGGGACGUGCCACUCGUCAUUGUGAUAAUAGGCUUAGGUAUAUCGUUCGCUUCUGAACUGAACAUCGUGCUAAUGAUCCAGUUCAUGUUAAGAGACCUGUCGUUGUUCGAUAGCGGCGACGUGGCCACAGCCAUGUCCGUACAAAGUUUAGCGGAUAUUUUCGGAAGAUUGGCAAUACCGCUUGCGAGUCAUUGUAUGCAGGUGCCUGCCAAGUAUAUGUACGUUAGUGCCUUAGUGGUCGCUUCUACAGGAAGAACGGUCCUGUCAAUUUGGCCCACUAAACGUAACUUGGUGUUUACGACAAUCGCGAUCCUAGGAGUAACCAAAGGUAUGAGGGCGGUAUUCCAAUCGGUGAUCCUUCCCAAAUACGUCAGUCUGGAUAAAAUCCCGGCCGCUAACGGGAUUAACAUGCUUUUUACCGGAUUCGUCUCCUUGAUUGUCGGUCCGUUAAUAGGUCUCUUCCAUGAUAAACUCGGCUCUUACGUGUACUCUCUGCAUGCCGGUUCGGCUUUAUCGUUGGCAUGCGCAGUUUUGUUGACGAUAGAGUCAAUUUUCUCCAAAAAGUGGACUAAAAACAGCGAUAUUAAAUAUUGAUAAGUGAAACUCAAAAAAAAUGCUAUAGAAAUUGUUGACAAUAAUAAUAGUUAUUUAAAUCACUGGAGAUUUCCAGUGACAUUCGGGGAAGGUGUUUUGUAUAUAGGUUAUUUUUUUUGUAUAGCGUACAAGGUGUCGUACGUUUCUCAAUGUUACUAUAAUAUAAGUACAGACAUACGUUUUUUAAGAACACAUCUUACUUAAUUUUUAUUAAAUUCAGCCGAUUGCCUCCACAUAUGCCCUGUAUAUUUAUGUUUCUAUAAUUUAAUUUUAAACAUCAUCAAAAUAUGUUUUAGAGGGGUUAUGUUCCUGAUUUAUUAAAUUGAAAUAUACAAAUGAUAUAUUUUUAGGUGUGAUAUUCUAGUCUUAAGGUUAAGUACAGGGUUUUUUUAACUAAAGAAAUUCACAAGUAAAGUAUAUGGUUAAUUAAGCAUUUUUUAAUAAAGUGAUUUUGUUGUUUUAA